AUGAACUCCAUCGACGCAACAGACCAUUACCAGAACAGCGCCCAGGGUACUUCUCCCCUCUUUCCCUCCCCUCUUCUCCUCUCCUCCGCCCUUUUACACUAUCUCCAUCUUCUCCACCAUCUACAUCCUCUCCAUCCUCUCCACCAUCUACAUCCUCACCACCAUCUAACCACCAACCAUGCCAGAACGCCCCCCUCCCUCCUAACCGUCAUCAUCGACACAAACCCCCACGCCUGGGCCCUACUACAUCCCUCCCUCCCCCUCUCAACCGCCAUCGCCAACAUCCUCGUCUUCCUCAACGCCCACCUAGCCUGCAACUACGCCAACGAAGUCGCCGUCGUCGCCUCCCACACCACGAAAGCCACCUGGCUGUACCCUGUCGAACACGCCCGGCACGCCCCCCCCAACGGCAGCAACAGCAGAAACAGCAAUGGCAACAAUACCCGCGACAGCGACGGCGACGUCUCCAUGUCCGCCCCCUUCGCCGACCCAUUCCCCAACCCGGACCCUCCCAACCCAGUCAACAAAUACCGGCCCUUCCGUCUCGUCGAGGAGCAAGUCACCGCCACAUCCCAAAACAACGCCAAUAAAUUCCAAUCCCGCCUCCUCAUCCUCUCCACCACCUCCUCCACCAAAACCUCCACCCAAUACAUCCCCCUCAUGAACGCCAUCUUCGCCUGCCAACGCCUCUCCAUCCCCAUCGACGUCUGCAAAUUAUCCGGCGACGCCGUCUUCCUCCAACAAGCCGCCGACGCCACCCACGGCAUCUACAUGUCUCUCUCCACCCCGCGCGGCCUGCUCCAAUACCUCAUGAUGGCAUUCCUCCCCGACCAGCGCACUCGGAAACAUCUCGUCGUGCCGACGCGCGUCGAUGUCGAUUUCCGUGCCGCCUGCUUCUGUCAUCGACGGGUCGUGGAUGUCGGUUGGGUGUGCUCGGUUUGUUUGAGUAUCUUUUGCGAGCCGAUUGGGGUGGGGGGAGGGAGGUGUUGGACUUGUGGGAGUCGGUUGGAGGGCGGCGAGGGCGGCGUUAGACCGGCGGUUGUGGGCAGGAAGAAGGGGAAGAGGAAGAAGAGGGAUAAGAGUGGGUUGGAGGCUGGGGGGACGGGGACCCCCGGGUCGGUGACGCAGACGCCGACGCCGACGCCGGGGCCGUGA